AUGCCCGUCUUCUCUCGUUUGGCGGUAGCUGUCCAGCUUCUCAGCAUCCUCAUCACUCCUGCACUUGGCGCUGCUGCCGCCACACAGCAGUAUGACUAUGUGAUUGUUGGUGGUGGUAUCACGGGCCUGAUCGUGGCCAACCGUCUCUCCGAGGACAGGACCAAGUCUGUUCUCGUCAUCGAGAGUGGGAAAAAUGUCGACACCGAGGCGACGAAGAUCCCAUACAAGGCCAAUGAUUUGACAGCAGCAAAUGGCCUCCUAUGGGAUGGUUACAACUCCAAGCCCGAACCCGGUCUUGGUGGCAACACCUUCCCUGUUCUAGUCGCAAAGGUUUUGGGCGGCGGUUCAGUAAUUAAUGGAAUGAUCUACGACCGCGGUAGUGCGGCCGACUAUGAUGCUUGGGAGGCUCUUGGUAACAAGGGCUGGGGAUGGAACGGUAUGGAGCCAUAUUUCAUCAAAGGCACCACCUUCCAGCCCCCGACACCAGAGAUUGCCAAAGACUUCAACAUCACCUGGGAUCCUUCGACCUACGGUUCUGGCCCAUUGAAGGUCUCCAUUACCAGCAACCAGUAUGAGGACAUCAAGGACUACUGGGCCGCCUGGAGGGCUACUGGGGUGCAUGUACCUCUAGAUGGUAACAAUGGCGAGGCUUACGGCCCCUCAUGGUAUGCCAACACCAUGGAUGCGACCACUGGACGUCGAGCACACGCUCGUUACGCGUACUAUGAUCCCAUCCAGGCCCGUAGCAACUUGAAGAUCCUCACGGGAACGACUGCCAAUAAGAUCCUCUUUACCAACGCGAUGAAGCCUACCAUGGCCACUGGUAUCGAAAUCACUCUUGCCUCCGGAAAGACUUGCGCCGUUUACGCACGUAGGGAAGUUGUUCUCGCGGCUGGCGCCAUCCAAACCCCCAAACUCUUGCAGAUUAGUGGAAUUGGACCCAGGAAGGUCCUCCGGGCUGCCCGCGUCAACGUCCGCGUUGAACUCGAUGCCGUAGGCUCCAACUUUCAAGAUCACCCAUGGGCCACCGUCAUCUUCAACACCACGACCGACACCUUCCCAAAUCAAAAUUCCUUGGCCCAAAACGCCACUUUCAAUGCUACCGCAUGGGCAGAGUACGAGGCCAACAAGACCGGCCCUUACACAUACGCCCGUGGCAAUGCCCUCGCUUUCAUCUCGCUUCCCGAUAUGACCCAGGACGUCAAUGCCGUAGUCAACAGCCUCAACGGCCAAACAGACUCGGACUACCUUCCUGCAGCCUACCAGGGCAACAGCAAGCUCCUCGCGGGCUACGCCGCCCAGCGCAAAGUCAUCGCCGACCUCUUCAAGCGUCGCGACGCCGCCGUCGCCGAGUUCCCCGUCCCCGCAGACGGCACCUUUGGCCUCGUUGGUGUCGAGAAGCCACUAUCUCGUGGUACUGUCUCGCUGAACGCUUCCAACCCCACGGGCCCCCCCGAAAUCCUCCACAACGCCUUUGUCAACCCCGUAGAUCGCACCAUCAUGGCCAUUAGUCUGCGCUUCUUCCGCACCGUCUGGGCCCGUCCCGAGCUCAGCCGCUUCCGCAUCUCGGAAGUCUCGCCGGGGCCCCAACAUACUACCGACACGGAUAUCUACGACUCCCUCCUUCAACAGGGUCUGCUUAGCCCGACGCUCGCGCACCCUGCGGGCUCGUGUCCGAUGAUGCCUGCGAGUGCGGGUGGGUGUGUAAGUGACCAGUUGCUGGUGUAUGGAACGCAGCAUCUGUCUGUGGUGGAUGCGUCGAUUAUUCCCAUUAUCCCGUCGUGCCAUCUCCAGGCCACCAUGUACGGUAUUGGAGAAAAGGCGGCAGAUAUCAUCAAGGCCAGAAGGUAG